CCAGGGCUGCAAAUGAGUAUAUCCUCCAUACCUUCGUCACCGUCAAUAUCGGGAUCUUCCACGUCAUCGACCGCGCCGAACAUUUCAUUUUGCUAUACAUGGACCACUAAGUUAAAAACGCGAAAAACUGCGGACGGCGAGGCGACGAUUUUAUCGAUUUCUCCGAAAUUCGCGACAGUCCACCAACUUAUUUCGUUUCAAUGGAAUAUUCGAAUUCAUGCCACUUCUGAAAUGAACGAAGAAGACGAAGAAGUGGACUACGUGGCAGUUGACCUUUACCUGGUAGAUGGUCCUGUAAAUGAGGUGAACGUUAUGGCCGAGGUGGGGGCUCUAGAGAAAACAUCCACAGCAACGUUGGGAAGCCUUCCCGCAGGUCAGAAAGAAGCAAAGACUAUAAAAAUGCAAAAGGGCUCUGGUUGUGAGAUAACGGAUGCAGAUCGAGAAUGUGUGUCGAAGUAUUUGAAAGAGAACGUGGAGAAUAUCAUCAAAAUCUCCAUAAUUAUAAAUAUGGAGACACGACUUUUCGAACCAUCAACCUAUUUGGAUGCAAUAUCUCCAACUCCUCGAGCAUCAUUUCUAACGGCAAAUUACAAUGCGAGAGUUAACAGUAAGGUAUGGAAAAGGCGAUCACGGAAAAGGAAUGGAAGAAUCGAGCGAAGAGUGUUAAGUGAUAAAGAGAAGACGAAGUAUGAGAGUAAAGUACAAAUGAUAUUGGAUGAGGAACGGGAGAAGCUGUGUGAUAAACGAGAGAUGUUGAAGGAGGAUGAUGGUGGAUCGAGAAGAGCUUCGUUGAUUUCUCAGUUCAGGGAGAAUCAACAUGAAUCUGUGUUGGAUGAUCAUAUGUUCAAGAGGAUCCUCGUUAGCUGCUGUGAAUCUUGCGAGCAACGUCGUCUAUCGUUCAUGUGUGACAGUCGAACCGAGGAUGAUUCUGAAGGGGAAGAUUGUGAAGACAAUGAAGAAGAUGAUGGAGAAGGUGGCUCCGAUGAUGAGGAAGACGAUGGAGAGGAGCCUCAUUUUGAAUGUGAUAAGAGUGAUAAGGAGCAUGUCCACGAUAUGCUAGCAAAUCUAUACUUCAACAAAGUAGUCCUUCCCGAAAUGGAAUAUGUCGAGGAUUUUGUGGAUUUCCUGAUUGAUGCGGAGCUCAAUGACUUGCCAGUUCUCAAAAGAGCUUGUGAGAGGUAUUUGUGCAGUGAGCUGAAUUCGAAAAAAGACAUUGGAACUUGUCUCCUGUUGGAUUUGCUUUUCAACUCGAUUGUAUUCAACUUGCCUGUUAUGAAGUCGAUGACCUUGACGGAGUUGGCGAAUCGAACGCACGAGUUUGUGGAUGCUGACACACUUUUGGAUCAGGAAGAGUUUAAAAACCUGGAUAAAAGAAUGCGAACGCUUGCCGAUCGGAAUCUCGUGGAGCUCAUCGAGCAAUGUGUUACGUUUCGUGACCAAAAAGCAAGAGUUCGCGUUUUGCCGACCGCCGAAUCAUUUGAUAUUUCGUUCGACUUAACUAAUCAAUAAUAUUAUCGUGUUACUUUUUUCCUCUGUUUUCUUUCUCAUUUUUAAAAAUGAAUGCUUUUUUC